AUGGAUACCCAGGCCACUGGAUUUGAAAGACGGGAUGCAACUGAAGAAGAAAUCAAGACCCUGCCACAUGUGGUGGACUCAAUUCCGCUCAUUAUUUGGAUAGCUCUUGUAGCUGGUGAAUUGGAAAGAUUCAAGUUCUAUGCCGUCACCGAUCCAUGGCAGAACUAUAUGCAAAAUGACCGUGAUAGUAUUGAGGUCCCGGGGGUUCUAGGUCUUGGUCAAGCAACCGCAACCAACAUCUCCGAUGCCUUCUCUUUCUUCUCAUUCAUUGCCCCUCUACCAUUUGCUAUUCUCUCAGAUGCACGGAUUGGGAAAUACAAAAAAUUAUGCAUAUCUUUGAUGUUGGUUAUGUGUGCCUUUCGCAUGUUCACGAACAUUGGAAGCCUCUCUCUGAUUGGUUCGACCUAUUUGGAGAAAGAAGUUGGCUUCUGGGCUGCCUAUCUCCUGCCGUUGUGUUCCGUCGGGGUUCCAAUUCCUUUACUCCUGUUUUGGCAAAAGUCAUUUGUCAAGCUCGCGCCAGAUGGGAAUUUUUUGCCUCAGGCAGGGAAAGUCCUUGUGGCUUGCUUUGUACCAUUCUACUUAUGCAUCGACCAGAUCACCAAUAAUUUUGUCUCCCAAGCUGGUCAGAUAAAGCUGAGUGCCAUCCCCAACGACACCAUCCAAGCACUCAACCCCAUUGCUUGUGUGCUGCUCGGCCCGAUCAUUCAAAAGCUUCUCUAUCCCGGGCUUCAAAAGUACGGUAUUGCAAUCGAGUCGAAUUCUCCGCCCAAGGACAUGCGCAGCCUGGUGCAGGCCCUGCGACAGGUCACUGCUGCGACUGGAUCUGCUUUGGGAAUAGCUCUCUCACCAGUCGCGGUUGAUCCGAAAGUGAUGUACUUGUACACGGGAUUAACGGCAACGAUGAUUGCUGCUGCUCCUACUUUCUGGGUAGCAUUUAUGAAUUAUGACAAAGUCGGUGAUGAAGAUGAACUGAAUGAGGUCGGGUUGAUGCAGGAUAGCCACAACGAGAUGGAAGAGACUACGGCUAGAGCCCACCCACAAGAGGCUCAUACCUGA